AUGUCUAAUCAGAAUGUCCUAGUGACAUACUCUGCACCAGUAUCUUUUCUGGCCUCAGAAAGUUGGAGGCAAGUGCUGGCAGCCUUACAAUCUCAGCUACCGCUUCGGAGCAUUCACUGGAAGUCGGCCUCCCGACCAAAUCUUAAAACCAUUCAGGAACUCGACCUUACUCUCGUUCCUUUGGAUUCUCUCCGCGACGAACACACCUCGCAAGUGCCAGUCACACUGCUAGAAAAGCCCUUACUCAACCUUUACGUUGUGACGUGCGAGGAUAACGACUUGUACAGAACAACUGUGAAGAAACAGAUCAAAGACUGGCAUUAUGCCAUAUCUCAGCGGAAGAAUCAGGAAUGGAUUAUUGUGCAUGUCGUUCGUUCUGAUGUCAAGACAGCAGACCGCAAGUUCUUUAACAUGAAGAGCUCCGUCCUUGAUAAGAUAAAGGCAGAUUUCAAUAUCGAGAAGCGAGAUCGAUGUGUGCAGUUGUCUUGGACAGCGGGAGACUUCAGUCCUGUAAUAUGGGCUGAUCUCGUGAACAAGAUCAAGGACGGGUUAUUAUUUGCUCUAGAUUCAUCCGUUUCUCAACGUGAGGAAGAGGUCAGGCGCUCUGAAAGUCAGAGGCACAUGCCUGGUUGGAAUUUUUGCACCUUUUUCAUAUUGAAGGCAUGUCUCGCGCAUGACAUCCUUGCCAGCUCCUUUGAAGGAGUGAAGCUUUUCGAAGAUGCCCUACAGCAGUACAAUGAGCUGGAGGUAUCUUUCAUUCAGGUUCUGAGAGAGAAGAACAUGUCCUGGUUUGGUAGUCUCAUCCAGCCUGUGUACAAGGACGACUCGAUGCCUCUACUCUCGAUUACGAAGAAACAUUAUCGCGACCUCAUCCUUGCAAACUCCAUCUCAGUGUUUGAUUUCCGGAUAUACUUGCUUGCUCGCCAGUGCUCUCUGCUGAACAAGAUGCGUCGCCCAUUCGAGAUUUGCCAGAAGGUCACCAGCUUUUUGGGAACGUUUGGUAGACGAUUGCGAGAAGUUGAGGCCUCGUUACCAGAAUACUUUAUUGAGUCAUGGAUAUUCUCUUCUGCUCUCAGCGUUGUCGAACAAUGUGAUACGUGGACUCCUCCGACAGAACUGGACAGCGUCCAGCUCGCACGAUUCAGUGCGAGUAAAGGUGAACUACUUGAGUUAGCCAAGACUCAGCUUGACAUCAUUGGCGUCAAAGUAGGUCAUUUGCCCCAAACACCGCCCUUUGCAACCACAUAUAUGGAAGAAACGCCUGCCCUGCCUUCCCAACGAAUUGGUGAACGCUCAUCGACGCAGCGAAUAAGCAAUCACGAGGUUAUGCUAGCUAUUGGGAACGAGGAACCUUUUUAUGACUUGUAUUGCGCAACUUCGAAUCGUGCCAUCGACAUGUACGUGAAGGCUGGCCGUCGCAAAUUCGCGCUAAAGCUGCAUGGCUUCCUCGCCGCUCUAGACAUUCAUCGAGGACGCCUAGAGAGUGCUCUGGCAAUUUUUACAUCCUUGCCUGCUCACUAUGCACCUCAUAUGUGGACAUCACUAGAAUCCUUCAUGCUCUCUCGUGCAAUCAACAUACAUGCCGAGCUGGAGAAACCCCGAGACCGAGAAUGGAUACAUAUCUUGCUUGCAUUUCUAAGGACAUGCACAAAUGACGUGAGCACAGAGCUAGUAACAGAAGAGAAUGGGGAAAUGGGUGUUACGCAGCUUGUUGGAGCACUUCACACUGCUGUGAUGCGUUUAGACUCAGACUUGAUUCACUCAGAUCAUCCUAUCAUGGCAGUCCAAGUAUCCAGCGAUGCUACCUGUAGUGACGAUGAAGACUUAGCCUUCGUUGAUGCUAUAAUUUCAAACCGCCUCCCAUGCGACGUGCUGGUUGACGAAGUUAGCGUGACAAUGGGUGGUCGAGAUUCUGAACGUCUGAAGUUCAUCGCGAAGGUGGAUACACUUCCUCCUGGCCAAUCGACUGUAACUUUAUCUUGCCCAACAUCCUCUUGGGGUCUCUAUGCUCUUGAGAGCAGCGAAGUGGUGAUGUCCCAUCUCCACUUUCGAUGGCAAUAUACGGGUACCACGGCCACUACUUCGAAGAGGAAUCAUGUUUCAUUGGUGCGCGUGCCGCGUAGUUUGCGCGCUUUAGAUGUACAAACACGACAACCUCAGCAAACCGAGCUUGGAACGACAUCGCGCCUUUUACUUGUUAUUUCAACUGGCCAGAACGACAUCUCGCGGGCGACUAUUAAGCCAAUUCCGCCUUCUGGAGUGCAAUUCAAUUAUUCCGAGGCACGCUUGGAGGCCGAAGGUACGGGAACCCUUGAAGUCUCUGACAAUGCUGUCAUCCUUCUGGAUGCUCUUGUCGACACGGACGUUGUAAUUUCGCUUCCUCACUCUGAUGCUUCGAGAUAUCAUACAAUGAAAAUCGGACUAAGUGUGACGUAUAACACGCAAUCCUCGCCGGGUGUGAUCCGCACCCUGCAAACCUCAAGAGUUGUUACGGUCUCACUGCCUAUAGCAGUGAACGUAGAAGACUUUUUCCGCGGCAAAAGAUUGUUUUCGAAGUUUACUAUCUCGACCACUUCCCACCAGUAUGUUCGAAUAUCAUCGACGGAGCUGCAGGGUCCACCAAGUCUCGAUGGCGUGAAGAUCUCAGGUUGUCGUCCGAGCCGUCCUGUUGUGACCGUUACGCCAGAACAUCCCGUGAACUUCCUGUUCUCCAUAGAGUCUUCAAAUGGACCUGUUCUGGAGCCACUGAACCUCGUCAUUAAGUACCGCAUACUACGUGAUGAGGUCGAGGCAUUAAUUCGACAAACGGUGGAAGCUGUUUUGUCAAGUAUGUCAGAUGAGAAGCCCCAGUACAGCUCACUACGACGCAUACUCAUUGACAAGCUGGUCGCACACCUAGAGAGUGACGCUGAAUGGGUAGAAACGUACAGGGCUACUGGUGAAAUUGUCUUGCCUCGUUCGUUUGAAGAUGGCGGGGAUUUCCAGGGACCUAUUCGGGAGGUUCGUUUGUCGAUUCCUCGUUCUGCAUUAGCGCAAUGUCGCUCAGAGACUGCAUCGCCCUGUCCUUGGAGAGAGAUCAAGAUACCGGUUGACGUCCCAAGGAUGAACAUCGUGACCGCAGCACAGAUCGCUGUUCAACCAUCACUCCCCAGUGACACACGAUCAGAUCAACUACCGCCAAUUUACGCAGGCCAACCAAUCCCUGCGACCCUCAUCUUCAAGACCUCUUUUCAUUGGGCUGAGAAAGAAGGUAAACAACGCAGCUAUAAGAUGCGAUACGAUGUCGAAGAACGUGUCAAGGAUUGGCUUUUGUGUGGACGAAAGCGCGGAGAUUUCGUCGCAACCGACGGUGGUUCAUUCGCUGUACCCUUGACUUUGAUAGCUCUUCACCACGGCGAAAUUACCUUACCCAAGGUCGACGUCCGGCCACUGCCAAUAUCAACGCAAGGCUCGAUGAGAUCUACGGUGCCAAGCGCUGACACUUGUCAGGUCCAUGGGGCUGAAAAGGUUUUGAUUUUGCCCAGAGGUGGCAGAAGUACAUAUAUCGUAGGUAUGGGAGGCGAAAACGAAUGA